ACUACAUUUCCCAUGAGCACUCGCGCUUAUCGUUAAUCUACUGUCAUUUAGGCGACGGACGAAAAACGUGCGAACGCAAAAGCCUGCUGGAUCCUGGAGAAGUUGGGUCGAUUUACCAUGUUAACUCUGACAUUGAGACAACUAAUCAGGCCGGUGUGCCGUGUUUCGGCUGCCGUCAGAUCCCAGCAUUCAGCAGCGGCGGUCUCUGAUGACGAGCGCUCGUGGACGGGACAGGAGAGUCUGUCUCAAGAUGACCCCGAGAUGUGGGAUCUUCUGCAGAAGGAGAAGGACAGACAGAGCCGAGGCCUGGAGCUCAUCGCCUCCGAGAACUUCUGCAGUCGUGCGGCUCUUGAGGCUCAGGGUUCAUGUCUCAACAACAAAUACUCUGAAGGAUAUCCAGGAAAAAGGUGUGUGUGUUUAUCAUUAAUUUAUUCAAAAACACCAUUUAGACUUUAGUUACUUUAAAUCCAGCUGAAGAGUCUGUACACUCUUAAAGAAUACAAGGUUCUUUACUGGCAUCAAUGUUCCUAUGAAGAACCUUGAAGAUCCAUUGAACCAUCCAAUAAAGAAAAGGUUCUAUAGAUUUCUUAAAUGUUCUUCAAAAUAUUUAUUAUUAAGAACUGUUUGCUGAAAAGUUAUUUUGGGAACCAAAAAUGGUUCUACUGUGGCAUCACUGCAAACAGAGUUUUGGAACCUUUAUUUUUACGAGUGUAUGAAACAGAUGCUGAAAGUGAUGUUCCUCAAGCUUCAGCUUUUGCUGGAAUUGUGAAGUGAUCUCUAUAUGAAACCAUCAUGAAUCCUGAUUAAGGAUUGGAGAUUAAUAUUUAGAAUUUUAUGAACCAAAACAAAUGUUAUACACAUUUUUUAAAAGGAUUUUCAC